AUGCAAAGCCUCAAGUGGAGGGCAUGCAUGCAGAUGGAACCACUGACCAAUGAUCAGUUGCCGAUCAUCCCCGACGUGCAUGAACAGUGCAUCUGUCGCAAAGGAACAUUGGGCCUCAUACAGAAGCUUACAAAACCAUUCAUCUACCUGUCUGUUAUGACAUGUGACUUCAACCUCUUCCUAGCCAACCUCAUCCUUCUAGCCCACCCUCCCAACAAAGUCAUUGCCGCAGGGGAGACUCGAUCAGCAUGUCACGUGUUAAAUGCAGUGGCCAACCACGGCAUUCUCCCACACGACGGCAAGAACAUCACCUUCUGGGCCUCGAACACCACCGUGCGACAGACUUUCAACUUUGCGCCAUCAUUAUGUUUUUUUGUGCUCAAGUUCUCCGCUGACUUCCUCGGCCGCUCGUACUGGGUUGAUAAGUUCGAUCUCGAGGAGCUGAGCAAGUAUAACGCUAUCGAGCAUGAUGCGAGUCUGACGAGGAGGAAUGCGGCGCUGAUACCUGACCAGGGGAGGCCGGAUUUGGCCCUCGUGCAGGAGUUGUUGAGUGUUGCGACUGGGAAGGGGAAGGGUGGAAAGGUGUUGCUGACGAAGGAAAAUUUGAGUAAGCAGUUGGCGAAGAGGAGGGGCGAGGCGAGGGCUGAGACCCCAGAAUAUUCGGAAAGCCUAUUCCACAACAUGUUCGGGAGUGCAGAUUCCUCUAUGAGUCUCACGAUCUUUGGUAGUCGUGUUGAUGACCUCAGACCGAUGUUGACUGAAGAGCGAUUCUCAGGGAACUAG